AUGUUGAACCAGGGGUACAUGAAAGAACUGCUCAGCGAUAAAGGAAGGGCCAACUUCGCUAUAGGAUGUGACCCAUUUCAAGGACCUCUAAAGCCAUCGUCGCCAGCACGUACCAUACAGAUGAUCAUUGGCGGUGGCGACAACUCGACAAUCAACCAUGUGAAGUUCACCACCACGCAUAAACUCAAACGAACAGUCGCCCACGAACGAUAUGAUGACUUCAAAGAUAGUAUCAUCUUCGAAAAGUCAGAUGCCGAUGGUUUGUCUUACCCUCAUUAUGAUGCUUUGGUUAUAACUUUACGCAUCACUAAUACAGAUGUAAAAAGAAUCAUGGUAGACGACGGAAGCGGCGCGUGUAUUAUUCACCCGAGAGUUCUCAUGCAAAUGAGGCUCGAAGAUAAAAUAAUAUCGUGUUGCAUAACACUAAUGGGUUUUAACAAUACAGUAGAGGGGACAUUCGGGGAAAUAGCACUGCUAGUCCUAGCAGGGGAAGUCAUACUGGAAACAAUAUUCCACGUCAUGAACUAG